GUUCCUUCGCACGGUGUGGUGUGGUGUAUUAGUUGUACUGUAUGUUGUUCUGAAUACUAGGUCUACUAAUGUGAUUUUAAUUUGAUUAGUUUCAGCAAUAUAAAUAAUGCUAACAAACAAAAUAUUUUUGAAGAAGACGAAGAGGGGAAACAUUCUGAAGAUCGUCCGAGAGCAUUAUCUCAGAGAUGACAUUUGGUGUGGAUCUCAGAUUUGUGAGAAUUGUCUUCAACGAGAUCCGGUUUUAUCAGAUGAACCAGUAUCUGCUAGCAGUCUCUUUCCACAGCCACAUUACCUGAUGCUGGACACAAAUGUGGUUUUGGAUCAGAUUGAUGUGUUCGAGGAAGAUACGUUAAAGAAUAUAAUUGUAUUGCAAACCGUUCUGGAGGAGGUAAAACACCGAAGCUCUCCAAUCUAUAAGAGGCUGAAAGAAAUUAUUGGCGACUCCAGAAGACAUGUCUACACAUUUGUUAACGAGCACCACAAAGACACAUAUGUGGAGAGAAUUCCCGGAGAGAAAGUGAAUGAUCGUAAUGAUAGAGCGAUCCGAGUGGCGGCUGCGUGGUAUGAGGCACAUCUUGCUUUUAGCCAAGCACCAACCACCAAAGAACAGAUACGAGUUGUCAUUCUCACCGAUGAUGCAGCAAACAGAGACUUCGCCAAGAAGGAAGGCCUGUUAGCUUGUACAGUGGGUGACUACGUCCGCAGUUUGAAAGACUCGCCGCUGCUGGAAGACAAGCUGUCUGCUCAACACUUCAGCGCGGAGGGUCGAGACAACCUGUUCCCGGCUCACCUCACUCCCGCACAGAUACACGACGCCAUCAAGGCUGGUAAGAUCCACCAGGGGUCCUUCCAAGCAUCCAGGGAAAACUUCCUCGAAGGCCAAGUCAACGUGGAGGGAUUUAACAAACCUAUUCUAGUGCAAGGCAGAGAGGGCCUGAAUCGUGCUGUGGAUGGUGACACAGUAGCCGUAGAGCUGCUGCCUGAGGAGGAGUGGUCUGCGCCCAGCGAGAUUGUGCUGCAAGAUGACGACGAGAAGAUUGAUACAGGAGAUCUGCCACCUGACGAAGAAGAGUUGUUGAAGGCAAAGCAACGUCAAGUUGCUGAGAGACAGCCGACCGGACGGGUGGUGGGGAUAAUCAGACGCAAGUGGCGACAGUACUGCGGCAUCCUACAGGUCAACCCUGUCAAAGGGGCCAAUAGACAUGUAUUUGUACCCGCUGAUCGCAAGAUUCCCAAAGUUCGUAUUGAAACUCGCCAAGCGGAAGCUUUGAUGAAGCAAAGAAUCAUCGUAGCAAUCGACUCAUGGUCAAGGAACAGCAGAUACCCUUCUGGUCAUUUUGUCCGAGCGCUAGGCAACAUCGGAGACAAGGACACGGAGAAUGAAGUGUUGCUGUUGGAGCAUGACGUUCCUCAUAGUAACUUUUCCGAGGCCGUGCUAAGCUUCCUACCUCAACUACCUUGGGUCAUUACUCCAGAGGAUGUUGAAAAGCGCACGGAUCUGAGGCACAUCGUCGUGUGUUCCGUAGACCCACCAGGCUGUACGGACAUUGAUGACGCCCUACACUGCCGAGAGCUGGAUAACGGCAACUAUGAGGUGGGUGUCCAUAUUGCUGAUGUCUCCCACUUUAUAAGGCCAGGAAAUGCCAUGGAUAAGGAGGCAGCUCUCAGGGCAACCACGGUGUACCUGGUAGACAAAAGGAUAGACAUGGUACCAGAACUGCUGAGUUCCAACUUGUGCUCACUAAGAGGCAAUGAGGAAAGAUUUGCGUUCUCCUGCAUUUGGGAAAUUACUCACGACGCAAACAUCGUCAAGACGACAUUCCACAAGAGCAUCAUCUUGUCUCGAGCUGCGCUGACUUAUGAGGAGGCUCAGCUGCGGAUUGACGAUCCGUCACAGAACGACGACAUCGCUAAGUCUCUGCGCGGCCUCAACAAACUGGCCAAGAUACUGAAGAAGCGGAGGAUAGAGAAUGGAGCUCUGGUGCUGGCAUCACCAGAAAUCAGGUUUCAAGUGGAUAGCGAAACCCAUGAUCCCAUAGAGGUUCAAGCCAAGCAGAUCCGAGACACCAACAGCAUGGUGGAAGAGUUCAUGUUGUUGGCCAACAUCAGCGUUGCUGAGAAGAUCUACCAGGAGUUUCCCGAGUGUGCGAUGUUACGACGACAUCCUGAACCUCCUCCUAACAACUUCGAGCCUCUCAUCAAAGCUGGCCGCAAUCAGGGCUUUGAACUGAACUGUUCGAGUGGCAAGGAGUUGGCUGAUUCUUUAGAGAAGGCUAAGAAGCCAGACAACGCUUACUUCAACACUAUGCUGCGUAUUCUAGCCACCCGCUGCAUGAUGCAAGCCGUGUAUUUCACCAGUGGUAUGCUGCAGAAGGAGGAGUUCUUCCACUACGGGCUGGCCACACCUAUCUACACACACUUCACCUCUCCUAUCAGAAGGUACGCAGACAUCAUCGUCCACAGACUGCUGGCCGCAUGUAUCGGAGCAGACGCUACUUAUACAGAGCUGCUGGACAAACGCAAGAGUCACAAUUUGUGCCAUAACCUCAACUACCGCAACAGGAUGGCGCAGUACGCAGGCCGUGCUUCAGUCAACCUCCACACUCACAUGUUCUUCAGGGAUAAGGUUCAAGACGAGGAAGGAUAUGUGUUGUAUGUCCGUAAGAAUGCCUUGCAGAUAUUGAUACCUAAGUAUGGGUUGGAGGGGACAAUCUACCUAACACCACCCAACGACAAAAAGGCUGAAGUCACGUUCACCUUCAACGAGGAGGACCACUCCCAGAGGUGUGGGGACGUAGUGUUCCACGCGUUCGACCCGGUGAUCGUACAGUUGAGUCUAGACCGCAGCAAUGUGCAGCAUGAGAAGCUGGUGCUGCGGUUGGUAAAGCCACACAUCCCUGGCUUCAGCAUCGACCCUACCUCUCAGGACCAGGCUCAACAGCAGGAAGAGAAGAUGGAAGUAGAGCCAGAAAACAGUCCUGAACAAAAAAGGAAAGAAAACAAACAGCAACAACAAGAACAGAAAAAGAAAAAGCGAAAGAAGUAGUUUACAUUAAGUGUUUUGGUUUCAACGAAAUUAUUGACGGAUCAGUCAGACAGUGGUCUGGCUUUUUGUCACUUGCCUUAUUGAUAAAACAGAUCACAGUCCAUCUAAUCCAUCUAUAACUCCUUUCCUUUUAAUAAUCUUCAAGUUGUAAUACAUUUUUUAUCUAUGUUGA